CUCCGAAAAGGCUUAUCCGACGCCUCUUAAUUCCGAACUUUUGGACUUAUAAGGCGUUUGACUUACGACGACAAUAUUAAAGCAGGUGGCACUGUUGUAGCGCAAGCCGCUUAAUCGCCAGUUGGACCUUGAGACCUUGCUUUCGAUGCAGCCACUGAGUCUAAGUUUGUAUAAUGCGGGUAGUGGGCUUCUCCUCACAAUGCUAGCUACCUUUAUAUUCCACUGUUCAUGCAAGCCAGCCAUCAGUCCUGCGCACGUCUCGGACAGAGAAACAGCCGACCACCAUCACCUGCAAUUGUGAUCUUAGAUUUGAUGCCGAGGACAUAAAAGCACGACAAAGAUGAAGUCCGUCAUCGUUUUCCUUGCCGUUUUUGCCGUGACAUCUUUGAAGACUGAAGCCGUGAUCAAAAACUGCCCGCAAUGGACAACAUACAAUGAGGACACAAGUGUGUACUCGGUGUGCAUGUCGGCGUACAACCUCAAUUAUAACGGAGGCAGGAGCUUUUGUAAGAGUCGUGGAGGCGUCUUAUGCAGCCUGAAGCAGCUGGCGAAGCUGUAUGAAUUGGGCGCCAGAGAUGAGCGUUGGGGUCUGACCAGAGACACCGAGAGGGAUGCUAGAAUGAUGCCAUGCAACAAUUACACAAUGUGCGAGUGCUUCAACAAGGCCGCCGCACAGCCUUACUUUCCCAACACCCCAAGACCUUCCUAUUGGCAAGAGGUCUUCUGCUGUAAAUUCUUUUAAGUAGAUCAUCUGCCAUCGUUACAAUGUCGUUGAAACAUUUUUUUUUGAGACAGAUGACUGCACAGUCAAAGUGAACAUUUAAAAAAGGUGAAGGGUAUUUUCUUUAUUGAUAAUCGAUUUAACGUUUUGUUCACUUCAAUUUUUUUCUUUUUAAAUGAUGUUAUUUUUUUCGUUUGGUGUAGUAUUAUACAGACUAAAAUACGAUGAAUAGAGAUGCGCAUUUAGUGUAAACCCCCUCAACUUGAUAUGUUUUUCUCUAACUUUGAAACUGACUAUUCGGGUGUACUAAAGGAGUUUGUUUGAUUUGUGUUUGCCGUGUCUGCUUCCUCAAACAACAGCAUCGGGUGUUUGUUGUAAAAUUGCAAAACACCGAAUGUGUAGUCUUUGCGUAUCAUAUAAUCACCAACCUUGGCUUCUUUGUUGUUCCAACGCAGUUUACAAAAUGUGUAAAGCAACGCAUGCCCCCUUUCAAGAUGGCUUCCGUUAAAACGAAGUGUUGGUAUAAUAGGGUUAAAAGGGAAAGAGGUCAUUAAAAGAGUACGAUUUCAUUAUCAAAGAACGUUAAUUGUCGACAUGUUUAU